GGUUAUCAAUGUUCAAGUAAUGAAUCUGGGAUGGGUCAUGACAUUGCCGUUUUCCUGAUACCUUGGGACAAAGAUGGUCUUCCUGAUAAAAGAACAUUAUUUAGUGAUAUCUUUCAUUUCCACCCCGCAAUUUGGAAAGACGAAUUAUGUCGCAAUAACCAGGAAUCACAAGAGGAACCAUUGUUUCAUAUUGAUACUAUUCAUAGAGACAAAAGUAAAAUGUGUCUAAAUUCAACAUUUGGUCGAUUAUAUCACGAGAGGCGACCGUUACCUCAUGACAUGGAAAAGGAAAUUGAGUUCUGUUCUUGGCUUCAGAAGAUAAUGGUUCCCAGUAGAAGGUAUAGGUCAGGAAAUCUAGAAUUGAAUCCAGUCGUACAUUUUCUUAUUACAGCACUCGCUCCAGGAUGGGUUGGUGGUGCUGUGACUGGAGAGACAUGGACUUAAACAAAUCGAAUAUAUAUAUAUAUAUAUAUAGUUUUUCGUUUUACCUCAAAAAACCACAACAGUCUGUUUCAUCCGUAUAGGAAUCAUCAGGAUGAACGAAAAACUAUAUUACGCUCUAUCUAUAUGGUAUUGAGCACUGUUUGUGUUUCGUAAACCAAAA